CGCAUGCGCACUCCGCCCACCGUAAACUAAAUGCGUCAACUUUGGAUUCUUGUAGUUUUUCCCUUCAGUGUUUUUGUGUGUUUACAGGACAUGAGCGAAGAUGAAUGAGGAUGUGUUCGAGGUCCCCGAGAGGACCGAGUACCGCUACCUGGUGCAGGAGGAGGGCGAGGAGGACGCGGUGCAGUACGUGCGUCACAGACACUACAUCAACCCUCUGCUGGUGCUCUCCAGACGCUGCAUCGUCCUCAUCUGUGUUGGCGUGCUCGCUCUGCUCUCGCUCGCCGCCUACCUGGGCUACGUGGCCCAGACGCUGCCGCCCGGCCUCGCACAGGUGACCACGGACUGCGGCGAGUUCAGAGGAAGACAUAAAAAUGGAGCGUUCUCCUUUAAGGGAAUGCCCUACGCUUCCCCGCCUGUCGGUGACCUGCGUUGGGCCCCGCCGGCUGAUCCGGUGUGCAGGAGCGGGGUGACGGACGCGGGCCGAUUCCGCAGUGUGUGCGCUCAGUUGAUUCCAAUGUCGAGCGCGGGGAAGUUGACGGGCCAGGAGGACUGCCUCUUCAUCAACGUGUGGACGCCUUCGCUGCAGCCGGACGCCAAGCUGCCUGUCAUGGUGUGGAUCCACGGAGGAUCGCUGAUGGGGCUCAGUGGAGGAGAGCCGUUAUACUCGCCCACUGAGAAGCUCGCUGUGGACACGGGGAUGGUUUACGUCAGCUUUAACUACAGACUCAACGCCUUCGGGUUCCUCGCUUUGGAGAUCCUGAGAGAAGGUUCUCCGAAAAACACCUCAGGGAACUACGGCUUCAUGGACCAGAUCGCCGCCCUGAAGUGGGUCCAGAGGAACGUCCAUGUGUUCGGAGGAGAUCCGGGGAGGGUCACCAUAGUUGGACAGAGCUCAGGCGGCACUUCAGUGAAGGUCCUGAUGUUGUCACCGCUGGCAAAGGGUCUUUUCCACGCUGCGGUGGACAUGAGCGGUUCUUACGUCACCAACGCGACGCUGGAACAAGCCGAGUCAGACAACCUGGUGUUUCUGAGGAAGACGGGCUGCAGAGACCGGACCUGCCUCAGACGUCUGUCUGUCAGAAAGAUGCUGCAGGCCAUCCCGUGGGAUGAGUACCCGUUCUGGGCCGCAGACGGGUUUGAUGACCUCCCCGUCAGAGGAAGCUCUGUCGGCGCCGUCUCUGUGGUGGACGGAUACGUACUGGAGGCUCCUUCUUUUGAGGUUUGGGAGAAUAAAGGAGUUUACAGCGACGUUCCCUUUCUAAUCGGGACGAUGGAGCAGGAGACAGACUUCAGCCCUCCGGCUCUAAACAUCUCCACGUGGACCUGGGGGGACUACGAGUGGUUUGUGACAGAGAGACUUAAAACCUUCUCUGAGGGUCUCGCCAAAGACGCGUUGGCGCUGUACCCGAGCUCCACCUUAUGCCCCACCACAGACCGCUGUCCGGAGAGGGCCUACACCACCAUGGCGUCCGACAUCAGGACCACCUGUCCUAACAACCACCUGGCCUUGAGGGCUGCAGCGGCCCUCGACAGCCCCGUGUAUCGAUACGUGGUGACCUACACGCCGUCAGGACCCGCCAACACGUCCGGCAACCUGCUGAAGUUCCCCAGCCGCUUCUCCUUCCACUGUCUGGACAUCAUGGCGUUCUUCGGAGGGCUGGAGGUCGCCUUGGGGAAACCGCUCUCUGACGGAGACAAAAGAUUCCAGGACCUGAUCACACGCCACCUCGUCAACUUCGCCAAAACAGGUAAGAUGGUGGACGAGUGGCUGGAGUACCCGGCCACUGCCAUCCUGACGGACAGCCUGUCGGUGGUGCACAACUACUCUGAUGCUCGGUGUCGGCUGUGGAAGGAGAACGGUCUGUACGCCUACGCCUGGAUAAACUGACCACAGCCUUCAUGUGAACACUUUGAUCCACGUUAGGGUUAUCAUGAUACCACUUUGAUAUGAUACUCAUAAAAAUCAAACUAUAUCAACACCUGCUUUUGAUACCACGGCAACCAAAACAGAAGUCCUAGAGGCACAAAAUAAAGGAGCCCAGACCAAGUCAUUACAGACUGAGCUACUGUUUUUAAAAAGUUUAAAACCAUCAAUCAUUUAAAUACUCGAGUUGGUUUCAUUUUGAAACACAUGGUGUCGAAAGAGUUUCCAAGCAUCCAACAUUUUGAGAAGCUUAUUUUAUAUUCAUCACGCUUUAAAUCACCGCUUUGUCACUCCCAGCUCGAGCCGAGGGGACGGACUGUGGCUUACAAAACACAUCAGAGGGGAGCGUAGGAUUUCAUCAUAGCUUUAUUUUUAUGUUGCAGGACUUCAUGGACUUGAAUGUUUUUUAACAGUAUUAUUAAGUCUUCAAAUGUUGCCAAAAAGAUAUAAGUGAACCUCACUGCUUACACUUAUGCAGAAACAUAAACCAUCAGUGUGUGUGUGUGUGUGUGUGUGUUUGGUUUCCCUACAGAGGUGUGAGGUCUUCUGUGAGUUAAGGUGUACUGUCCCUUUAAGGAGCUGGAGGUUUCUGGCUCCAACAGCGCAGAAGUGACUGAACCUCAAACUGGGAAUUAGUUCAGACUGCAGGAUGUUGAAGGGCGACAUGUAGAGCCAAGUGUUCGACUGAGCAAUCAAGAGUAGAAGAAACUGUGGCGUGAAGAGUGACGAAUGGUAACUGAAGUGGGAUUGAGCGACAAAGACGGGGGGGGGGGCAAAUCCAUUUACUGUAAAUUCUUGUUCUCAGAUUGAUGAAUGAACAAAAGAUCCCUGCACAGAGAGAGAGAGCGCGUAGUGAAAGCAAGAUGUUUUAUUAACCAGAAAUGUUCAACACUCUCCGCUCUGCUGCAGACUUUGUUUAAAAACUCUCAUGUAGUGUCACCAUGCUGCAUGCUCAGACUAAACGUGGGCGGAGUUUCAGAUCGGGAAGUAAACUUAUGUUGGAGUAAUCCCAGGGUGAGUCUGCAGAGGGCGCUAGACGACUUGUUCUGCACAUCAGGCAGUAUAAGAAUUUCCCCAGACGGCUUCUCUUCUCCCAGCACUGGAGAGCAGCCGUCUAACUGGCAGCCCUGCAGCGUUCGGCCAUGUCUUAUAGAAUCCAUUCUAUAAGAACAGGUUUGCUUUUCCACGGGCAAGGGGGGCAAAAGAGCAAUGUCAUGACGUCACCACAAAGGUCACUGAAUACAUUUCCCAGCAGCACUUGAAGUUGGAGUUGCAGACCUGCGUUCAUUAUGGCGACAAAAUUUGGUUUUGAUGAUGAUGGACCUUUAAAAACAAACAUAUCGGAUGAUUUCUGAACGUCAGUGUAAGCUCUUUAGCAAUAUAAGGGGAAAAGUCUUUUUGGGCUGAUAGCAUCAUGUGACGCUGCAAUACCGGGUUCGGCCACUAUGUAAAACAGGCUUCUACUGUCGGUGCACUUCCUGGGGGGCUUGGGCCAGAGAGCCAAUCAGAGGAAAGUGUGCAGGUGGGGAGGGGGCGGGGCUUAAAGAGACAGCGUUUGAAACUAACUGUUUCAGGCAGAGGAUGAAAUGAGGGACUUUACAAAGUAUCAGAUAAACGAGCAGGUUUUCACUCCUUCCUGAUUCACAAACGUUCGGUGCCAAAAAGACGUCGACGGAGAUUUUAAAUUCAGGAAAAUGAUGAAGUGACGUUUAAAAAAAAAAAGAGUCAUCACAGCGGGAUGAUGACGUUUGUGUUUGUGACGUAAACCUGUGAAGUCUGCUCUUUGCACUCACGCUCGACACUUUUGCACUUUCCUGUGAACACUUUUGAUUUCUCGUAUAUUUCAUCGUUUGAUAUGUUUUUUUUUUUUUACAUUUUUAUUCUCGCUGUGUUGAAGCUUUUUGUUGAACGAUUUCGCCAAACUUUGUCACGCUCAGUUUUGCCGUGUUCAUGUUGUUGACUGUAACCUCACUGUAAGCUUGAUUUUUAUUUCUGUAUCGUUAGCUAACAGCGAUUCUUUUCUGACGCAUCCUGCUCGAUUUGAUUACUUUUUAUACGCCCAAUAAAUCAAAACCACUUGAUGA